ACGGUUAGAUUGUUGUCACUCGUUCUCGAUUCGAAUACACGAUCAGAAGGAAGUGUGAUAAUAUAUCGCGUUAUAUUAUCGAUUUCGUUGGUUUAAACUACGGAUUUAAGGUGCCCUGAACUGCCAAACGAACACAAGGUAUUCUGACCAAAUAGGAAAAGUUCGAUAAAGUGAUCGUCAGGCGAGAUGGAAAUGUUCAAUGCAGAUGAGCUAGAGUCUUUCAAGCGAGCUCAACUCCAAAAGCUUUGCAAGAAAUACGGGCUCAAGGCAAAUAGCAAGACAUGUGAACUCAUUGAUAAUCUACGGCACUAUGCACUAGAAAAUUUCCCCCGUAAAGGAGCAGAAAAGGAAAACACUGUCAGUGUCAAUGGUGAGACCACGACUGAGGGCAAAUCUGAGAUAGUACCUUCUCCUAGUGAAGCAAUGAAUGCUACUUUUAUCAAGAACAGUCCAGAAGUCCCCAAGUCUAGUCCCAAACAAACGAAAAACUCCGAUUCGCCGUCAUCCCUGAAGGAGAACGACACUUAUUACAAAGCCCAAGUGAUGCAACAACUCGAGAACAAAGUACAAGAGACAUUGAAAUCAACGACCUUUCAAUUCCAAGCGAGUAGAAUUCCACGCUUCAAAAUGCAACAGGACGAGAAGAAAACUCCCAAAGGAAAAGAUUGGUCUUCUGUUCACGGCCAGCUUUUCAAAAAAAUGGACUCCAUAGAUGUUUAUCUAGAAAAGAAGCGCAAGCGGACACAGUCAUUCUACCAAAAUGUGAAAAAAGCAAAGAUGACCUUGGAUGCUGCUAAAAGUUCAGUGGCAGAGAUGAAAAAGGCGCACCAUACUCCGUCAAAAACACGCAAAAGCCUGGGAAAGCCUGUCUCAAAGACUGUUACCAUAGCAUCCCAGCCUGCUGGCUUUAGCUUCUUGAAGUCGCCUAAACCAGUUUUCAACUCCCUGACAAAAUCCAGGAAAUCAGUGGCAUUCUACACCCAAGACGAGAAUAAGGUCACUCACAACUCACAUGCUCGCAAAUCUUUGGCAGAGACUCCAUUCAGAUUCACUGGAAACAUAUCUACAACCCAAACAUCAGCAACAAAGGCUAAGAAAUUUGAUUUGAAAGCAAGUCUAGCUAAGCCUUUGAGCUAUACUCCACACACAGGCAAACUCAAAACUCCACCCUUUGUCAAGAAAGGGGCUGUUGUUGUCAAACGUAAACAGACAGUGGCCAAUAAAAGGGAGGACAUCAAGAAUGUCAAAGUCACAUCAAGAGCUGACAGAAGAAAAGCAGAAAUGAACAAAAGAGCAGAUAGAAGGAAAGAUACCAUGGCAAGAAGACGUGGAUUAAUGGCAUAAUACCUUCCAUGUAUCACCCAAUUUAACACCUUAACACCUGUAUAUAAAUCAUUACAAAUGUAAAUAUCACAAUCUUCAGGUUUGUUCUAUUUUGACCCUUGCCACUAAUACAGCAGCAAGCAGGAAAAAAGGCAACACCAUUUUAUUGUAUUAUUAUAUUUUUAAUUCGUUGAGAAGCGAUAAUGUAGGUUUUGCUGUGUUGUUUAUGUUAAUGGUAUUCUAUAUUUCUGUGUGUUGUUGGAACCUACAGAAUAGUUAGUGGUUUCUUCAAGAUUUAGAUUGUAGGGAAAUGUGGUCCUAGCAUAAGCUGAAUCUAUUGAUAUAGAUUAUGAAGAUAAUCUGAAGAUAUAUGAAGUAAAAUAAACCAUAACUCCAA